AGAGACCCGAGCGCGCGAGUCACACGGAUACGGAUUAUAGUGAUUAUACGGACGGCUUUUCAGUAUUUCGACCGGUGCGCGAUACGCGUCUGUCUGUCAGUGCAAAAUGGUGCAAAACUGCAAAAUGGCGGCUCUCAGGGAGACGGUGUCAACGUGCCGAGCGAUAUAUUCGUUACUGUCGCGAAAUCGCGAGCGUGUCAUCCCGAGCGUGGCUGCGGUCUCGAGAAGAAAUUAUUCGGUCGCCGCUGAGAAUGAGGAGCCCUACGACGUCAUCGUCGCUGGAGGCGGCAUGGUCGGCACCACGUUGGCGUGCGCCAUAGCGAACAAUCGGCGACUGGCGGGCAAGAGGAUUUUACUUUUGGAGGGUAAUGUUAAGCAGGAGUAUACACCACCGGAGCAAUACUCCAAUCGAGUUGUAGCGUUGAAUCAGCAAACCCGUACCUUAUUGUCCAGCAUAGGAGCAUGGAAACACAUAGAGGCAAUCCGCUGUUCUCCGGUGCAAAGGAUGCAGGUGUGGGACGCGUGUUCUGAUGCUAUGAUAACGUUCAACGAGGACCUAUCGUACAAAGACUUGGCCUAUAUAGUCGAGAAUGACCUGCUGUUGCACGCGGUCAACAAGCAGCUCUCUGAGAAGGAAAAUGUCACUGUGAUUUGUGAGUCUAAGGUCGUCGAUGUGAAAUUACCGAAAACGUUCAUGGAGUUUGUCACUGUCCAGCUGCAAUCUGGGCAGCAGUACAAGACCAGGUUAUUGGUGGGCGCUGACGGUGCUAACUCGCUGGUGAGGAAGGCGAUGGGUGUGAUUUAUCUUAACUGGCAGUACAAUCAAUUGGGCAUCGUCGCGACUCUCAAGCUGUCCGAGCCCACGAAGAACGUUGUCGCCUGGCAAAGAUUUCUCCCAACAGGACCCAUCGCAUUGCUUCCGUUGACAGACUCUCUCAGUUCGCUUGUAUGGUCUGUAACGAGCGAGAAAGCGAAGGAACUGAUGAAAGUCUCGGAGGAGGAGUUCGUCGACAGGAUAAACGAGGCGCUGUGGCGGACCUACCCGAAAAGUGGCAUCGUCGAGACCGGGAUGCAUGGAUUCCAGUGGUUACUCACCAGACUCGCCUUGAAUACCAAUGCAUCCAGGCAAAUGCCUCCCUCUGUGACGGCGAUCGUCGACGGAUCGCGGGCAGCGUUUCCCUUGGGUUUCGGCCAUGCCUCGUCUUACGUUCAACAGGGCACGGUGUUGGUCGGGGACGCUGCGCAUCGAAUUCAUCCUUUAGCGGGUCAAGGUGUGAAUCUAGGUUUCGGCGACGUGACGGAGCUGACACAGACCCUCGCUGAGGCCGCCGUGAACGGCAGUCAUAUCAAUGAUAUGCACUAUUUACGAGCGUACGAAACUUCGAGGCAACGUCAUAACGUGCCAAUGAUGUUCGCCAUCGAUGGACUGCAUCGAUUCUAUCAAUACACCGCGGCACCCAUUGUUCUUGGUAGAAGUCUAGGAUUGCAACUAGUGAAUGCUGUGCCACCAUUCAAGGAAGACAGUAGGACCUCCAAAUCUGCGGGUUAUACGUUCCAAAAUCUACUCCAGAUAACCGAAACCGCGAGUAUCAAAACGUGUUACAGCCUGUGCGAAUAACUGAAACGGCGAAUAUGGUAGUCCUACUGUAUUUCGGAAUAUGAAGGAUGAUUUGUAUUUAUUCUGUAUAUUUCAUACGUACAUUAUAAAUUAAAAUAUCGUAAAGAUGUA